UUUCAGUCUGCCACCAUCGCCUCUGGCUGUUAUAGGUGAUCUGCAGCUGCGGGCUCCUGCUCCCUCCGUCGUCACCGCGGGCCGCUGUGAAACGGCCGCGCGCAUGACGUGCACUGUUUCCCCCCCCCCCCAGCCGGGGUUCGCUGUAGUGCUGAGUUGACUGGAUCGCUCGCCUGCCUGCUGGUUCGCUCGGAGCUUCGGCAGCACCUUUAAUGAGAGCGCCUCACGCAUCCGGACGACUUGCGCCCUCUCUCCCUCUCUCCCUCUCCCUCUCUCUCUUCAGUAACUUUGAUGGGGACCUCGACAUUAGGCUGGGAAAAUGCCUGUGAUGAAGGGAUUAUUAGCGCCGCAGAACACGUUUCUGGACACCAUAGCCACACGGUUUGAUGGCACUCACAGUAACUUCAUCCUGGCCAAUGCUCAGAUGUCGAAGGGCUUUCCCAUCGUCUACUGCUCUGAUGGCUUCUGUGAACUCACAGGCUUUUCUCGGACUGAGGUCAUGCAGAAGAGCUGUGCCUGUAAGUUCCUGUACGGGCCCGAGACCAGCGAAAGCAUCAUCCUGAGCAUCGACGAGGCCUUGGAGGAGCGCAAGGAGUUUAAAAAUGAAAUCAUGUUCUACACAAAGACAGCUGCUCUGUUCUGGUGUCUCCUGGACAUUGUGCCCAUUAAGAAUGAGAAGGGUGACGUGGUGCUGUUCCUGGCCUCAUUUAAGGACAUUACCGACACUAAAGCCAAAGCCAUCCAAGAGGACAAGAAAGAAGAGCGACGACGCGGCAGGGUGAAAACCGGCUCUUCAUUCAGCUCGACUCGUCUGCGGGGCAGCACCGUGCUCUACCACAUCUCUGGUCACCUCCACAGCAGGGAGAAGAGCAAGAUUAAAAUCAACAAGAACGUGUUUGGGGAUCCACCUGCUCUACCGGAAUACAAGGUUGCAGAUGCCAAGAAGUCCAAAUUCAUAUUGCUUCACUACAGCACAUUUAAAGCAGGCUGGGACUGGCUGAUUUUGCUUGCCACCUUCUACGUUGCUGUGACAGUGCCCUACAACGUGUGCUUCAUCGGCGACGAUGAUGAUCUGACCCGCAGCACCACUGUCAGCGACAUCGGUGUGGAGAUUCUCUUCAUCAUAGACAUUAUUUUUAAUUUUCGCACCACUUUCGUCAGCAAGUCCGGCCAGGUAAUCUUUGACGCUCGACAGAUAUGCAUCCAUUACCUGACGACGUGGUUCAUCAUCGACCUAGUGGCCGCACUGCCCUUUGACCUGCUCUAUGCGGUCAAAGUCAGCGUGGUGUCCGUGGUGCAUCUGUUAAAAACCGUCCGUCUGCUGCGUUUGCUGAGGCUCCUGCAGAAGAUGGACCGCUACUCGCAGCACAGCACGGUGGUCCUGACCCUGCUCAUGUCUAUGUUCGCCCUCCUGGCCCACUGGAUGGCCUGCAUCUGGUACAUCAUCGGCAAGAUGGAGAUGGAGGCCAACGCCUACAACUGGGAUAUCGGGUGGCUCCAUGAGCUCGGGAAGCGUUUGGAGUCUCCAUAUGCCGGCAUGGCAGACGUUAACACGACUGGCAGCGGUCCCUCUAUCCGUAGCGUCUACAUCGCUUCCCUCUACUUCACCCUCAGCAGCCUGACCAGCGUGGGCUUCGGCAACGUGUCUGCAAACACUGACGCUGAGAAGAUCUUUUCUGUUUGCAUCAUGCUCAUCGGAGCACUGAUGCAUGCCUUGGUCUUUGGCAAUGUGACAGCCAUUAUCCAGAGGAUGUACUCCCGCUGGUCUCAGUACCACACCAGGACCAAAGACCUGAAGGAUUUCAUUCGCGUCCAUCAUCUGCCACAGAGCCUCAAGCAGCGAAUGCUCGAGUACUUCCAGACAACCUGGUCGGUCAAUAACGGAAUCGACUGCAAUGAGCUGCUAAAGGACUUUCCGGAUGAGCUGCGAUCCGACAUCACCAUGCAUCUCAACAAAGAGAUCCUGGAACUGUCAUUGUUUGCCUCGGCCAGCCGCGGCUGCCUGCGCUCGCUGUCGCUGCACAUUAAGACCUCCUUUUGCACCCCGGGGGAGUACCUCCUCCGACAGGGCGACGCUCUCCAGGCCGUCUUCUUCGUCUGCUCGGGGUCCAUGGAAGUGCUGAAAGAUGGAAUGGUGUUAGCCAUCCUGGGUAAAGGUGACCUGAUCGGCGCGAACCUGUCAUUAGACAACCGUGUGAUAAAAACCAACGCAGAUGUGAAAGCCCUGACCUACUGUGACCUGCAGUGUAUCAACCUGAAAGGGCUCUAUGAGGUGCUGGACCUCUACCCUGAGUACUCUCACCACUUUGUCCAGGACAUCCAGCAGGACCUCACAUACAAUCUGCGGGAGGGACAUGAGACACACGUGAAGACCAGACUAUCAACAGCAGCACAGGAGUCUCAGUCUGGGGUUAGAAGGAACGGGCGCGUGGUUCAGGGCCAACCUACGGUAGCCGAGGCCCGGGAGGAACACGAGGGCGACUCGGACGAGGACGAGCACGACAACGCCGAGUCUGUAUCUCUUCUGACGGAGCACCAUCGACCUGAGGACCUCAGGGACACCGUUGGGAAGUCUCCUCUGUGCCAGCCCCGCCAGAAGACCGUCACUCGCAGCUUGGGUCGCUCUCAGAAAAACCUUCAGGAAUUCACGCCGACUGCUCUAGACCCUUCAAACCUCAGCCCCAGGAUAGUGGAUGGUACCGAAGACAGUGAGGGAACAGAAACUUCGCAGAUGUUCUCCUUUUCCACCGGCCUCGGCUGUCCUGUCAGUGAACCAACCAGUGCCUCGACGUCAGCCACAGGCAUGCUGCAUAUCAGCACAACAGAAUUAGCAGCAAAAGCAGAGGAGACCAGGGGACAACUGAGACACCUCGACCAGCAGGUGAGCACCCUGAGGAGGGAAGUAGCGGACCUUGGGCAGGUCAUGAAGAGAAUGGCCACGCUGAUGGAGGCUCUCACGCCGUCGGUGCCCCAACCUGCAAUAAUCUGUCCCACUCGCUACUCCCCAGCCCACCAAACGUACCUGCACUGCCCGUCCCCUCCACAGCCCUGCCACUCACCGUCCAAAGCUGCCCCCAUCUGGACAGACCCGCCCAUGCCUUUGCCCUGCUCGUCCCUCACCAUCUCUCAGCAGCACUCCGCGAUGUGCUACGCGGACUCUCUGACGCACAGACCCCAGAGCCUGCAGUUGGUUUGUCCAGCUAUUAUACCCAAGUCAACUCCCCCUUUAACUCCAGAUUUAUCGUCUCGGCAACCACCGCCGCCGCUAUCCGUCAUCCCGGAGCCUCCGCUGCCUUCUAGUUCUAUCAGGUUAAGGGUACACAGUUCGCUUCCGCUGGACGGGGGGGGUGAGGACCCUCACAAGAGCCCUGGAUGCUCUUCUCAAACUGGACCCGUAAGACUCUACCUAAGCCAGAGCUAGGGGUUUUGUAGCAGAUCUCCUUUAGAACUCUCCUGGACUCUGCAGGACAAUUUCCAGGACGCUUUUUAUUUUUUAUUUUUGGGAUAUUCCUGAACUAAAUAGACGACUGUUUAGCUGCUGCCUCCAAGGCAUCUACAGUAGAGGAAUGCAACAAGCAAUUCUUUUUGUUUUGGAAGCUUUUAAAAAUCCAAUUGCAUGAGGACAGAAAAUGUUUAGGUGUAUAGCUUUAUAAAAACAAAACGUAGUGCUCUUAAGUGGCAUGUAGAGGUUUGAGUCGGCUUUGGAGUUUUAUGGUGGUAGAUUAAUGUAUGAGGUUGAUCUUUAGUCCCACACCUUGAGGCUCCUCGGACUGGACUCUGCCGUAAUGGAGGUCGAGACAUUAACAUCGAAGAAGAGAGCAGUGGUGUGUGCUCUCUGCUUUCCCCUCUUCUUCUGCCUGUUAACCCUUCUUUCCUUACUCACUCAACCCUGGUCGGAUGCUCUGGCUGCAAUAGAACAAUGCAUGACUGGUUGAAUUUGGAAAAGAGGACACUGUGAAACGAGAGAUGGGGCGUCUCGUGCUCUUUACCCACCUGCCCAAGAGGAAAAAGGGGGUAAAAGGAUGAAGGAAAAUGUCUGUUGGAACGGUACUGAUGGUGGCGAGGGACUCGUGCUACGCCUUUGGCAGAACAACCCCUGCUGUGGUCUGUCACACUGAGCACAGGGACUCUUUGCCUCCCCCUACUUUUGCCUCGCUUUUUCAAAUGCCCCCACCCUCCUUACCCCUAUUUCUCUCUGCAUGCCUUUCCAAACCUUUCGAGUAGUGCCUGUAGACACACAUUAACAUGCUGCAUGUCGCCCCUUGGAGAUCCAGCUUGCCAUUUACCCCUUCUAUUUAAAGGAAACACAGUUUGGUAUUUUAAUCGCUAAACCUGGCAUUUACUGAUGCAUAUUUAGCAGAAGUCAGCUCUGUUUAAACAAGGGUUAUUUUGGGGCACAAGGUAGUCACUCCUGCUGUAAAGUGGCUUGGAGCAAAUGUUCUCCAAUUGGGUCACGAGCCACGCCAUAAUGCAUCCCCCCCCUGAUUGGCGGCCUGGGUUAGCAGCUCUGAGAUUUCAGUUCACUCACCUGUUGGGGUGAAGGCAAUAUUCCCUCAUAAAGCACAAUAGGGAAAUAAAGGAAAUAAAGACACUAAUAUAUACUUAUAUAUAUAUGUACCAUCUAUGAAUGUAUCCACACUAAAAAUGUAUUUUUUUCUACUUUAGAGAAUUCAGACGUGUGCAAUGGCCAUAAACAAUGCAACCCGCGAAGGAAGUUAUGGCAGUGCUGUUCGCUGGUCUCAGCUGAUGCAACGUUAAACCAGGAAUACGGUCAUAACUUUUGUCCCAACAGAUCUGCUCUCGUCAUCUCAACUCCUGUAGCUUUGACUCUGCUUCUCUGCAAAUGGAAUGUACUGUAACAACCUUUUCCCUUUUUUUAUAUUUAUCAGAUAAACACAUGUGCUAUUAAAAAACACAAAACAAACAUGA